GAGAGUGAAGCCAACAACACAGGAAGCCACAGAGAAAGCAGCUGUGCUACUGACAUGCUGAGACCCAUAAAGUCAGACAGCAGCCCUCCCACCGAUGCUCCGCCCAAUGCCAAUCAACCUUCAGAGACGGAAGAGAAAGUGAUAAAUCUCACUGGCUCUUUUUCCUGGCUCAUUUGAAGUCAACGAAAUUAGCAGAACAGACCCAGCUACUAUCGCAAUUGGUGUUUAUGGGAGAACUACCCCUUAAGCAGAGCCUGGAACGGUGACCAACGUAAAUGGACAACGGUAAACAGCGUCUUCAUUUACCUGGAACGUAAUAAAGCCCUUUUUUUUUAACAUAGUCGUUGACAUUCAGAGAGCUGACAUUCUGAGCCUCAGGUUGUUAGAGUAACUUAUCUCUGUCAGACUUUUAUACACCCUCUUUGAUACAAUCUUACCCAAAUGCAUGAUGGGGGUCUGCCACAACUUCUGGACCCAGCGCCCCCCACCUGAUGCCCAUGAUGCCCAGCCCCUCAUCGCUAAACAAUGCAGUACUGAUGAUAGCCAGAAGGGGGCAGACAGAACACAGCUCAAAAAGAGACGCUGGUGUCGCAACAGCUGCCUUGGCCUGUUUCUGUUCCUGGUCGUGAUGAUGAUUGUGGUCAUCCUGGAAGUUGACCUCAAAGAACAGAUCUCACCUUCAACAACCAAGCCAGCAGCAAACAUGUCCCGAGGACCGUACCAUGUACAAUACCCACAUGAGUACUCCUUCAUCCUGGAUGAGCCAGAGAAAUGCCGGGAGCAGAACCCCUUCCUGGUUCUGAUGGUGCCAGUGGCGCCCUAUAACAGGGAGGCCCGUGAGGCCGUCCGCAGGACUUGGGGCAGUGAGAGGCAGGUACUGGGCAGAGAGGUCUGUCUGUUCUUCCUGCUGGGACUGCCCAGUGGAGAGGAGACAGAGCAGCUCCAGGAGAAGGUGCUGCAGGAGAGCAAAGAGCACCAGGAUCUGCUGCAGAGCGACUUCAUAGACAGCUACAAAAACCUGACCAUCAAGACCAUGGUGAUGAUGGAGUGGCUGAGCUCUCGAUGCCCCAACGCCUCCUACGCCAUGAAGAUCGACUCAGACAUGUUCCUCAACGUGAACACCUUGGUCAACAUGCUGCUUCACGCUCCAAGGCAGAACUACCAGACUGGACUAGUGGCCCGAUGGGGAGCCGUUCUAAGAGACCGUAACUCCAAAUGGUACCUUCCAAAGGAGGUGUUUCCUGAACCAGUAUACCCACCUUAUGCUCUGGGCCUGGGCUAUGUCUUCACCUUAGACCUCCCCAGGAAGCUGGUGGAGGCGUCCAGGCAUGUUAAAGCCGUCUACAUAGAGGAUGUGUAUCUGGGACUGUGUAUGAGACACCUGGGCAUCCGGCCUACUGACCCCCCCAGUGGAAACCUCUUCCAGGUUUUCCCUGUGGCUUAUGACCGCUGCACCUACUCACGGCUGAUAGCCACCACCACACACAGUAUCACUCACCAGGUCAACGCAUGGACAGACCUACACAAACCUGGUCCUCCCUGCUGAUCUCAUACAGUAACAGACUGACUGAUGUACCAAUCACUUCCUCGUUGUUUGUUCAUACACUAACUAACUAACAAACCAAAAACAAAGAAGGCAACGCCUCCAGGGGAUGGGGGAAAGGAUAUACAACAUUUCUGACAGUGCAUUCGGAAAGUAUUCAGACCCCUCUACUUUUUACACAUUUUGUUACAGACUUAUUCUAAAAUGGAUUAAAUCAAUGUAAAAAAAACUCAGUAGCCCCCAUAAUGACACAAUACUAUAUAACAAUAUAUAAUAUAAUAUAUAACAAUUAUAUAAUAUAUAAUGACAAAGCAAAAAAAGCAUUUUUUAAAUGUUGGCAAAUUUACUAAAUUUACUAAAUUUUCUAUGAGACUCAAAAUUGAGCUCAUGUGCAUCUUGUUUCCAUUGAUCAUCCUUGAGAUGUUUUUACAACUUGAUUGGAGUCCAACUGUGGUAAAUUCAAUUGAUUGGACAUGAUUUGGAAAGGCAACACACCUGUCUAUAUAAGGUCCCACAGUUUACAGUGCAUGUCAGAGCAAAAACCAAGCCAUGAGGUCAAAGGAAUUGUCGGUAGAACUCAGAGACAUGAUUGUGUCGAGGGACAGACCUGGGGAAGGGUACCAAGAAACAUCUGCAGCAUUGAAGGUCCCCAAGAACACAGAGGCCUCCAUCUAUCUUAAAUAGAAGAAGUUUGGAACCACCAAGACUCUUCCUAGAGCUGGCCGCCAAGCCAAACUGAGCAAUCUGUGGAGAAGGUCCUUGGUCAGGGAGGUGACCAAGAACGCAAUGGUCAUUCUGACAGAGCUCUAGAGUUCCUCUGUGGAAGGACAAUGAUCUCUGCAGCACUCCACCAAUCAGGCCUUUAUGGUAUACUGUGGGGAUGUUUUUUCAAUACCAGUGACUGGGAGACUAGUCAUGAUUGAGGCAAAGAUGAACGGAGCAAAGUACAGAGAGAUCAUUAAUGAAAACCUGCUCCAGAGCGCUCAGGACCUCAGACUGGGGUUACGGUUCACCUUCCAACAGGACAACGACCCUAAGCACCCCGCCAAGACAACGCAGGAGGGGCUUUGGGACAAGUCUCUGAAUGUCCUUGACUGGCCCAGCCAGAGCCCAGACUUGAACCCGAUCAAACAUUUCUUGAUAGAUCUAAAAAUAGCUGUGCAGCAACGCUCCCCUAUCCAACCGGACAGAGCUUGAGAGGCUCUGUAGAGAGGAAUGGGAGAAACUCCCCAAAUACAGGUGUGCCAAGCUUGUUGCGUUAUACCCAAGACGAUUCAAGGCUGUAAUCACUGCCAAAGGUGCUUCAACAAAGUACUGAGUGAAGGGUCUGAAUACUUUCCAAAGGCACUGUAUACCUUGGUGAAGAACAUUAACACCCUGAAUGACCAGUUUCUUCACGUUACGUCCUUUGGGAGAAUGUUGUUUUGCUCUGAACCGAGGCAGACACCUUGCUACACCGGUUUUUGAUUCCUAAGGCUUUUUUUAAGCAUAGACUGAGAGCAGCAGUUAUCUGUCUAACGUGGACAUGGUGAUGGACUGGACAGGACUAACAAAUGGAUGCAAUGGGUUGGAUCUGUCUGUGGUGAAUGUGUGUACAGCACUGAAGCAGCAGAAACCCAGAACAAGUUAAACAGGUUUAUCGUAAUGGAGACGAGUUGGCUGUGUUUAGACAGGCAGCCCAAUUCUGAUAUAUUUUUCCACUAAUUGUUCAUUUGACCAAUCACAUCUCUUUCAGAGCUGAUGUGAUGGUGACAAGUCUAAACACAGCCAACUAGUCUCUACGGCCUGCAACGAAAACAUGCGGACUCUCCUUCACUGCAGCCGAGGUGAGUAAAACAUUUAAACGUGUUAACCCUCGCAAGGCUGCAGGCCCAGACGGCAUCCCCAGCCGCGCCCUCAGACCAUGCGCAGACCAGCUGGCUGGUGUGUUUACGGACAUAUUCAAUCAAUCCCUAUACCAGUCUGCUGUUCCCACAUGCUUCAAGAGGGCCACCAUUGUUCCCGUUCCCAAGAAAGCUAAGGUAACUGAGCUAAACGACUACCGCCCGUAGCACUCACUUCCGUCAUCAUGAAGUGCUUUGAGAGACUAGUCAAGGACCAUAUCACCUCCACCCUACCUGACACCCUAGACCCACUCCAAUUUGCUUACCGCCCAAAUAGGUCCACAGACGAUGCAAUCUCAACCACACUGCACACUGCCCUAACCCAUCUGGACAAGAGGAAUACCUAUGUGAGAAUGCUGUUCAUCGACUACAGCUCGGCAUUCAACACCAUAGUACCCUCCAAGCUCGUCAUCAAGCUCGAGACCCUGGGUCUCGACCCCGCCCUGUGCAACUGGGUACUGGACUUCCUGACGGGCCGCCCCCAGGUGGUGAGGGUAGGCAACAACAUCUCCACCCCGCUGAUGGGGCGCCACAAGGGUGCAUUCUGAGCCCUCUCCUGUACUCCCUGUUCACCCACGACUGCGUGGCCACACACGCCUCCAACUCAAUCAUCAAGUUUGCGGACGACACAACAGUGGUAGGCUUGAUUACCAACAACGACGAGACGGCCUACAGGGAGGAGGUGAGGUCCCUCGGAGUGUGGUGUCAGGAAAAUAACCUCACACUCAACGUCAACAAAACUAAGGAGAUGAUUGUGGACUUCAGGAAACAGCAGAGGGAACACCCCCCUAUCCACAUCGAUGGAACAGUAGUGGAGAGGGUAGUAAGUUUUAAGUUCCUCGGCAUACACAUCACAGACAAACUGAAUUGGUCCACUCACACAGACAGCAUCGUGAAGAAGGCGCAGUAGCGCCUCUUCAACCUCAGGUGGCUGAAGAAAUUCGGCUUGUCACCAAAAGCACUCACAAACUUCUACAGAUGCACAAUCGAGAGCAUCCUGGCGGGCUGUAUCACCGCCUGGUACGGCAACUGCUCCGCCCACAACCGUAAGGCUCUCCAGAGGGUAGUGAGGUCUGCACAACGCAUCACCGGGGGCAAACUACCUGCCCUCCAGGACACCUACACCACCCGAUGUUACAGGAAGGCCAUAAAGAUCAUCAAGGACAACAACCACCCGAGCCACUGCCUGUUCACCCCGCUAUCAUCCAGAAGGCGAGGUCAGUAGAGGUGCAUCAAAGCUGGGACCGAGAGACUGAAAAACAGCUUCUAUCUCAAGGCCAUCAGACUGUUAAACAGCCACCACUAACAUUGAGUGGCUGCUGCCAACACACUGACUCAACUCCAGCCACUUUAAUAAUGGGAAUUGAUGGGAAAUGAUGUAAAAUAUAUCAAUAUAUCACUAGCCACUUUAAACAAUGCUACCUAAUAUAAUGUUUACAUACCCUACAUUAUUCAUCUCAUAUGUAUACGUAUAUACUGUACUCUAUAUCAUCUACUGCAUCCUUAUGUAAUACAUGUAUCAUUAGCCACUUUAACUAUGCCACUUUGUUUACAUACUCAUCUCAUAUGUAUAUACUGUACUCGAUACCAUCUACUGUAUCUUGUCUAUGCUGCUCUGUACCAUCACUCAUUCAUAUAUCUUUAUGUACAUAUUCUUUAUCCCCUUACACUGUGUCUAAGACAGUAGUUUUGGAAUUGUUAGUUAGAUUACUUGUUGGUUAUUACUGCAUUGUCGGAACUAGAAGCACAAGCAUUUUGCUACACUCGCAUUAACAUCUGCUAACCAUGUGUAUGUGACAAAUAACAUUUGAUUUGAUUUAUUACGAUAAACCUGUUUAACUUGUU